AUGAUGCCAGACAGAAAGAUCCUUUUCAGCUAUCAAAAUGUUAUAUUUUAUAACUACGUGUCCAAUAUCCGAUACUUUUCUCCACAUGAGCUCCUCACUCUGUACACGGCACAAUUAAGACCUAGCCUACUGCUACUUCGCAUAUCCAGAACUGGCCGAUACGACCGCUCCUUUGUUCCCAGCGUAUCGAGAUUACGGGACGAUCUGCAUCAGGAGGCGUUUCCCCGUUCUGCUAACAUUCAGUGGAAAAAAAUAUCUUUCUAG